UUCGAUUUGCAGUGAGAUUGCAUUCAUUAAUUUUCCUCUCUUCAUCAUUUUCAAUCUUUUUGUUGCUCGAAUAAAAAUUUUUAUCUGCAAGGCUCUGACAUUCAGACGACAGAAGCUGCCAUCCAAAAUAUACCGACUGUAAAUUUACCAAAUCAACGUCCAAAAAGGCGAAGCACUGCCCAGGAACAACGGAAAGUGGAUAUAUAACAGAAACUGGAAGGCGCCGAUCCCUGUGUGGAAUCUGAAAAGUGAACGUUUAAGAUGGCUAUGGAUUCAACCAACUCUCAACGUCGCCUAAAGGCCAUUAGCGGCCACCUCAUCCCUGGCGUUAGUCGUCCCUCUCUCCUCCAUACAAACCCAACUGCUGGCGAGUUCCUUCUUGAGCAGGGAUACAGUGUUGUGCUUCCGGAGAAACUGCAGACAGGAAAGUGGGAUGUAUGCAGAUCUGCUCGUUCUCCAUUGAAGCUUGUUAGUAGAUUUCCUGACUCUCCUGAUAUUGGUACGCUGCAUGAUAAUUUUGUGCGCUCAACUGAAAUUUUUAGGGGUUACAAAUAUCUUGGAACAAGAAUUCAGGCUGAUGGAACAGUUGGAGAGUACAAAUGGAUGACUUAUGGAGAAGCAGGUAUAGCUCGAAAGGCCAUAGGUUCAGGCCUCAUGUAUCAUGGGGUGCCAAAGGGAUCUUGUGUUGGAUUGUACUUCAUCAACAGACCAGAAUGGAUCAUUGUUGAUCAUGCCUGUUCGGCAUAUUCUUAUAUUUCUGUUCCCUUAUAUGACACACUUGGUCCUGAUGCUGUUAAGUACAUUGUAAAUCAUGCCUCCCUGCAAGCAAUAUUUUGUGUGCCACAAACAUUGAAUCCUUUGCUAAGCUUCUUGUCUGAUAUUCCAACUGCACGCCUAAUUGUGGUUGUUGGAGGGGUAAAUGACCAUUUGCCUUCACUUCCAACAUCAAUAGAAGUCAAGGUUGUAACAUAUUCAAAGUUCCUUAGUCAGGGUCGCAGUAGUCUUCAGCCUUUUAUCCCACCAAAGCCUGAUGAUGUUGCAACGAUUUGCUACACAAGUGGUACAACUGGUAUACCAAAGGGUGCUAUAUUGACCCAUGGAAACUUGAUUGCAAGUGUUGCGGGCGCAACUCUUACUACUAAAUUCUACCCUUCAGAUGUUUACAUAUCAUAUCUUCCUUUGGCACACAUUUAUGAACGCGCAAACCAAGUCAUGGUAGUUCAUUACGGUGUCGCUACUGGAUUCUACCAGGGGGAUAAUAUGAAACUGAUGGAUGAUUUGGCUGUUCUAAGGCCCACCAUAUUCUGCAGCGUUCCUCGACUUUACAAUAGAAUAUAUGCUGGGAUCACAAAUGCUGUGAAGUCUUCUGGUGCUGUCAAGGAGAGGCUAUUCAAGGCAGCCUACAAUGCUAAGAAGCAAGCGCUGUUGAGCGGUAAAGAAAUCAUUUAAAUGCCUCUGAUACAUAAUGCAUGGAAAAUUUCA